UCUGCACCACAAAGAAAACCACAGAAAAAAAAACACUUCGAUUUUGCUGUCACAACUGUUUUGUCUUCGUUACUUUAAUUUCUCUCUGUGAAGAUGCCUGGGCUAACGAUUGGAGACACUAUCCCCAACCUCGAAGCUGAGAGCACCAUAGGAAAGAUCAGGCUCCAUGACUACAUCGGCAAUAGCUGGGCCAUCGUUUUCUCUCACCCAGGUGAUUUCACCCCGGUCUGCACCACCGAGCUUGGGAAGAUGGCCGAGUACUCUAAGGUGUUCAAGGAGAAAGGAGUGAAGCUGCUGGGUUUGUCCUGCGACGACGUCUCGUCUCAUCUGGAGUGGAUCAAGGACAUUGAAGCCUACAGUGCCGGGUGCAAGGUGGACUAUCCAAUUAUGGCCGAUCCGAAGCGAGAGAUCAUCAAGCAACUCAACAUGGUGGAUCCCGAAGAGAAAGACUCCUCCGGCAACAACCUACCUUCCCGCGCUCUGCAUAUUGUUGGCCCUGACAAGAAGGUGGUGUUGAGCUUUUUGUAUCCGGCGACCACUGGCCGGAACAUGGAUGAGGUGGUGAGGGUGCUGGAGUCGCUGCAGAAGGCGAAGAAGCACAAGAUUGCUACUCCGGCAAACUGGAAGCCUGGAGACGAUGUUGUGAUAUCUCCGGGUGUGUCGCAGGAGGAGGCCAAAAGGAUGUUCCCGCAGGGCUACAAGACCAAGGACCUUCCUUCCAAGAAAGAGUACCUGCGCUUUACUAAUGUUUGAACAUGGAGCAAUAUCUACUUACCUACUUGCGUAUUAUCCUUGUGUAUCUUAUGUAUGAAUUUUAAUUAGUAGCUAGGAUGUGUAUAUGAACAUGUUGGUGACCAGCUCGAGCGUAUGAAGUAGUACUUUGUAAUCGUUAACUAGUAUCUGAUCAUCCCUAUAUAUGUACCUUUUGUCCUUUUAUUUGUGUAAAAUUAAAACUCUAUUAUGUUCUAUGUAUAUGGUUGA